UAGGGGUCCCUGCGGCCCAGGCAGUAAACACAGACACGUGCAGACUUGUGUCCAGCGGCUGAGUGGGGAUUGUCGCCUGUCUCAGCUUUCCUCUCAUAUAUCCAAGUUUCCUCUCCGGGAUGAAGGAGGCCGCCCUGGAGCACACUUGAAGCCUCCCUAGCACCACAGCAUGAAGGACAAUAGCAAGAUGAAGCCACAGCGGCAGGCUCACCGUACUGCCAACACCUUCACUUUCCGGGGGUUUGGGGAGCAGGUGCGCCGGCUCAGAGUCUCAGCUGGCAAGUUCCUCCUGCAGCGUCCACGGACUGAAGAAGGCGAGGAGACAACUUUCCUUCACCAAGCACUUGUGAAGGCACGAGAACUGAACUUGACGCAAGCCUUCCAGGAUUUCCAGAAUGAGCUUGGGGGUGACCUGCAACACCUGACACAGCUGGUGCACCAGGAACAGCAGGUGGCCAACUGCCUGGCACGCCACUUGGCUCUUUCAGACACCCCAGCUCUGCAGGCUCUCCUGGACCUGCUGGUGGCCUUUGCCAAUGACCUACCACAAGAGUUUUACCAACGGCACUUUUACAACCUGCUGCCGGUGUUGAUGGGACAACUGGCAUCUCGGGAACCAGAGCGGCUGGAGGCAGUGUUCCUUUGCCUGGCAUCUUUGCUGGUGGUGCUGCAGCGGUACCUGCGCACUGACCUGGCCCGCCUCUACCACCACCAGGGGUAUGCUAGUCUCCUUUCCCCAGCCCAGCCUUGGUAUAUCAAUGAGCUGGCAGCCCAGACCCUCAGCUUCCUGGUAAGGAAAGCUUCAGGGCAGGAGGCAUUCCUCCGGGGCAUCAUCAAGGGGCUGGGCCAGGGGCAGGGGGGCCCAAAAGGUGUUGGUCGCUUGGUGGCAGCUGUGAUGAAGUCUGACGUGGUGCAGCGGCUCCACAGCUCGGCAGGCAACAUACUGGCUGUCUUGCUUGGCCUUCUGGGUGAUAGUGACAUCCUGCACGGCCCAGCGCUGGAGAGCAUCACCUAUGCAGUGCAGCAGGUGGCCCACCAUGUCACCAGCAAGCAUCCUGAUGGUGCCACCUCUUGGCAGGCUGGCUGGGCCCAGGAUGCACAGCUAGUGUGGCCUGCCUUGUGGCGUGCUGUGGCCAACCUUCUCCCUCUAGGCAAUACCUCUGCCAUCCAGCACCUGCAGGCUGUGAUGCAAGUGGUGCAGGCCUGGGUGGACUACAAGCAGGCAAUUCUGAUAACUGACCCAUCAGAGGCUCUGACACAGUGCCUUGCUGUGGCACAGUGCCAGAUCCCUGAAGAACUAGGCACUAUCACAUGCAGCAUUGUGGCUGUGGUCCUCACCUCCCCUCACCUCCACAUCCACACCACCACCCUCUGCCAGGUCCUCCACACCCUGCUGGCCUCCCCCCUGCCACACCACACCAAGAUCACCUUUGUCAGCUGCCUGUUUGAGCUGGCCAGGUUUGAUACAGAGGUGCUGCCUGAGGUGCUCUUCUACCUGGAUGGACUCACCAGCUGUGCAGCAGGUCAGGAUAUGCACCGGGAGGUUUUGGCCACACUGGCUGCCCUCAUCCUAAAGAAGCAGCCUCCAUGCCAGAGUGGAAUGGAUCUGUCUUCCUGGAAGGUCUAUCCCUUGACUUUCUCCCAGGGUGAGGGUGGUGCAGAUGCCUCCAUCCCAGCAUUAGUGGAAGGCAAACUGAGGGCUGGCUUGGAGGAGGAUCUCUCCAAUCUGGAAGAACUGGCCCUGUGUCUGUCUGUAGUGGCCCAUGUCCAGCCUUUGGACCACCAGGAGCUGGCCCCUCAUCUCACCUGGUUGCUCUCCCAGCUCCUGGAGACAUUCACUGACAGCACUGCCAAAAUUGUGGAGAAUGACAAGCCAGCAGUAGUCAAGAAGAAGGGAAAGGCCAAGGCAGAGGCAGCAGUUGUCCUGGAUCUCAAUGUGAAGUAUGACCUCCCUGCAGCCAUCUGCAGAUCACUGGCACUGCUUGGGAUGCUGGUAGAGGCCAUGGCACACAUUCUGUCAGGAGCAGAUUUCCUGGCAUGUCUUGAUCCCCGGCAGCUGCUGGAGGUGGUGAGGGAGCGGCCGCAGUACAGAGGCAAUGUCCACUUCCUGCGGGCAAUGGGUCUUCACUUUUCAGUGGCCCAGAAGGAGAACAAUGAGGUGAUGAAUGAAAACACCCUGAGGGAGGUGUACAGUGUUCUGGCACCCUGUCUGGCCUCUCCAGACCCACAGGUCAGACUGUUGGUGCUCCACAUUUUCUCCCUGUUCCCAGUCAGCCUGCCAACACCACUGGAGGACACAGAGGCUGUGGAGGGCAUGUUCCAAGUCAUGCUGAAAGUUGAGUGUGUGGCCAUCACACCCUGGGAAUACAAGAACCGCUUGCGCCACCUCUCUCAGCUGGACGCUGAGCAUGUGGUGCCUCACCUGCCUACCUGUGGUGCCUUCAGGGAGGCACCCCUAUUGCUGUUCCUGGGCCAGCUCUAUGUUAAUUUCAAGGACAUCUGGGAACCUGUCCUCAAGGCAAUCUCCAGCUUUGCUCACAGCCUCCCUGACCACCACUUCUGGCCUUUGUGGUUCUCCCAGCUGACCAUUGCCUCACACUUCACCAAGCAGGUGCUCCAGGGAAAGGAGGUUGACCCUGAUAAUGACCUGGGGCUGGAGACAGAGGUCCUUGGGGAAAUUCUCCAUUAUCUCUCAUCUCAUAGAGGCUUUGCACAGAUACCCCUCAAGCCAGACCACCUCAAUUACCGUAACCUGCUGUGGAGGGCGAUGGCCAUGUUCCCCCACGUGUGUGAGGUUCGGAACAGGGAUGUGGUGCCUCUGUUUUUCUCCUUCCUAGAGGAAGAACUGUACCCUGCUGACUCCAGUGUUGCCCCCACACAGGACCUGAGCAUCCAGCAGCUGGAUGAGAGCACAGAGGAGGCAGCUGAGGCAGAGCAGCAGGUUGAGGACACUGAGACAAGCAAUGCUGAAGAUAGCCAAACUGGCACUGGCAGCCCUUCAGAGGACCAGGAGACAUUGUCCUCCGGUGAAGCUAAGCCACUUAAAAAGUCACAGGCUAGCAAUACCCAGUCCACCACCAUCAUUCCUCCUCCACGGCGAGCCCCCAUCAAAUCCCUGUGUGAGCAGCUGACUGUACUCUCCAAGUUCCACAACCCACGCAUGGUGCUACAUGCCCAGCACCUGGAGCACACUUACCACCAGCUGCUGAGUCACCCACUGCCAGGUGUUCAGCGGCUUGCCCUGGACUGCAUCAUGAGCUACAGCCAUGCACACCUGACUCCAUACAGAGAGAGCCUCUACAGGAUUGUGGAUGACCGUUCUUUCAAACAUGCCCUCACUCUCUUCAGCAUCGACGGCAGUGAGCAGAGUGUGGAAGAGGAGCAUCGAGGGAGCCUGCUGCCCUGCCUGCUGCGCCUGCUAUAUGGCAAGAUGCACCACAAGACAGGGCCCAACACUGCUGGCCGGGGCAAGAUUGCAGCCAGGAAGGCAGUAGUGCUGAGGUUUCUGGCUGGAACUCGGGAGGCAGAGCUGGGCACCUUCCUGGACCUGUCCUUUGAGGUGCUGGCACCUCAUUUAGAAGGUUCAACAUUGACAGUGGUGACCCGUGCCCGCUCCAGCCUGGACCUGCAGCAGACAGUGCCACUGAGCCGUCUGCUGAGUGCCCUCACCACUUUACAGAACAUUGUUGACAAAAUUGGAAAUCUUCUGACGGAGCGUGUACCUUUCCUGCUGAAAGUGACACUGUACAUUGCUGCUGCAGCAGACAGCUUGUUAGGCCAGCGGGCCAAGAUGGCACCCCGUCACAUCUCCUUCCUGAAGCAUCUGCGACAGCUGGCCCAGCGCCAAGUGGAGACCUUCUUCAGCCGGUUUGCAGAGUACCAGUGGUCAGCAGAGGAGCUGGAGGCAGUGUUUGAGGCAGUUGUUUGGCACAGCCUGCCUCGCCUUCCAGAUGAAGGCCUUGUUUCCCCCUCUCCACUCCUGGAACUCUUCUGCUGCUGGGCACAACACCCUCGCUACAUGCCCUUGCUUGCCCGCCACCACCCUAGCCAGACCUCCCUCACCCCCCUGCCAUACCUGGUGCAGCUCUUGCGUCAUCCCAAGUGUAGCUCCACCGUGGUCUCCUCCGUGCUGUCCUUGGUGGAGCACCUGCUCACCUUGCCAGACUCUAUUCCAGAACAGGGGGAGCCAUUGCCUCUAAGCCCUCACAUGCUCCCCAUGGAGCGCCGGCCCUCACGUGACGGUGAGGCGGACAUGAACUAUGGUACUGCCCUCCUCACCCGACACCUUGACCCUCUCCUACAGAGCCUGGGGACCCACCUGGCCAAGGUGGGCCAGGGACAGGCAGUGGCUGCACGUGACCUCAACAUUCUGAGUAGCUUGACACGGUGGGUCACCAGCACAGAGGUCAGUGGUGAGCUGCUGAGCCUCAUCGUGCCCAUGAUGGCUAAGCACCAGGUCAAGAAGGAGGAGAAGGUGUCCCAGCUGCUGGCUGCCUGCUGCCACCUGCUGGGGGUAGUGAAGGAUCCUGAACAACACCUGCGGUCCCUACUCUCCAUGUUUGGAUGGGUUGGCCUCCGCCAGGCCCGGGAACACCUGUGUCAAGCCUUUGUUGUACUGGCCGGCACCAACUCUGCCCUACAACAGCUGGCCAUAACUGCAGUGGAUCUCAAUGCCUGGAGCACCAGAGCGGUGGAGGAGGUGGACUUUGAGCGUCGCCUGGCCAGAUACCGCACUCUCACCCAGUUCCUGGCUGACCUGCAGCAGCUGGACCUGCCCAUGAGUCUCCUGCUGGUGCACCACAACAUGUUUGUCUUACAGCACCAGGAGGAUGCUGCCCUGCGUGAUGUGGCUGCCCUCUGCCUCACACAGCUGGUGGAUGCCUGUGCCCGCCUGAAGGAGUCACAGCGCUCCAUGGCCAAGGAGGUGGUGGUGGAUCGCUUGCUACCUCAGGUGCGGGCUGCCCUGCGUGGGGAGCGGGAAGUGGUGCGGCUCGAGGCGGUGGCCGUGCUGCGCCAUGUGGUGCACACCUGCCCUGACCUGCACCCUCACCUGGCUGACUUGCACCAGCUGGCAGACACCACAGAUGAAGACACAGACUUCUUCAGCAACAUGCAGCACAUCCAGCGGCACCGGCGGGCCAGGGCACUGUCCAGGCUGGUGGAUAAGUUGGUUGCUGGCACCCUCACCAUGACACCAGAGACUCUCACUGACUACCUGUUGCCGUUGGCCUCUGUCUACCUGUUCAAGGAUGAGUAUGUGAGUGAUGAGUACCUGAUGGCUAGCUGUGUGGCCACCAUUGGGGCUGUGGCUGGCUGUCUGCCCUGGUUUCCCUACCAGAGGCUGCUGAGGCACUACCUUGGCCUCAUGCUAAAAGGGGACCUCAAGCACCUGCGACUUGGAGUGAAGGUGAUAGAUGCCAUCCUGGAUGCCUUCCAUGAGGAGGUGGAGGAGUGCAGGCAGCUCAGGCCAGCCAGGUCAGGCAGAGGGAAGGGAGAUGGCCAGCACAGAUCAUAUGAGCAGCAGCAGCAGCAGGCCAGAGCUGGUGAAGGGCAGGAGGCCUUACAGAAAGAUAAAGAAGAGGAAAAACCUGAGGAAAGUAGAGCUGGUGAUGAGGAUGAUGUCAAAAUGGAUGGUAAAGAGGAGGAAGAUGAUGAUUUGGAUGAGGAAGAAAAGAAAGAUAAGAAGCAGCAGGACUCGACUGCCUCCCCUACCCUCACCCGCCCUCAGAAGGUGUACCGUGCCCUGGUGGGCUCCAUCAUCCCCCAGAUACAGCGAACACUGGGCUGCCGCACCAGGGCAGAGAUGGAGCACAAGGUGAACCGCAGUAAAGUCCCUGAGGAUGAGGACAUCAAACGCAUCCCACUGGCAUUUGCCCUCAUCAAGCUGCUGAAGAAGAUGCCCCGUGCCGCCCUCAAUGCCCACGUCAAUGGUGUCCUCAUGAAGAUCAUCACCUUCUUGAAAUGCAAGGCUGAGGGCAUCAGGGAGGAGGCACGCAAUAUGCUGGUGCGCAUCAUGGUGGAGCUGGGCGGCCGCUACCUCCCCUGGCUGGUCAACGACAUGCGUGCCAUCCUCACCCGUGGAUUCCAGACCCACGUUCUGGUGUACACCUUGUAUGCUGUGCUCACCCAGCUGCGGCCCAGCCUAGCCCCAGACCACCUUGACACCUGUACGGUCCAGCUGGUGGAGGUGUGCAAGGAGGACAUUCUCGGCAUUCAGGCAGAAGAGAAGAAGGUGAAUCAGAUCACCACCAAGGUGAAGGAGGCACGCAGUGACCGAGGAUAUGACAUCCUGCACUUUGUGGCUGAGUUCAUGUCACCGCAGGGCCUGAGGGAAGUGGUGCUGCCCCUGAGAGAAGUGCUGGGCCAGACACAGGACCGAGCCGUGGUGGCCAAAAUGGCUCGCUGCCUGGCGAGGGUUGCCAAUGGCCUAGAGAAGAACCAGAAUGUCUCUGUCACCCAGAAGUCGAUGUUUGUGUAUGGAAUACUGAAUGAAAAGCUGCCAGAAAUGACGACAGACACAAUGGGAAAUCCACAGCAAAAGAGCAAGAUUGAUAGACCAGACUCGUAUCUUUUGGCACCUGAGCCAAAAAGAGCAAGGUUGAACCCCAAGACCUCACUGAAGGCCACAGCUCAUAUUCUGGUGGAGUUUGCUCUGCAACUCUUGUGCAGCCUCAUGCGUCAGGGGCAGCUACUCCCCUCAAACACAGACCACGUGGCCCUCCUUGACCCAUAUGUGGCCACCAUGACCCAGUGCAUAAAUUCAGAUCACCCAGAGGUCAGCAUUCAGACCCUCAAGUGUAUUAAUUGGCUGGUCAAGUUCCCUCUCCCAUCCCUGCAGAAGGAGCUGAAGAAGAUUUGUCAGCAGAUGUUUGUGGUGCUGCACAAGUACUCCUCCCCAGAGUUGGCCCGAGGAAUGUAUGACCUGGUGCAGCUGUCCUUCAAGACCUUGGCUGUGGUGGUGCGCAGCGUGGAGUCCUACAUGCUGACGGAGGAGGAGCUGGAGGUCCUUCUAGGAUACGUAACCAGCAGUCUGGAAGACUCACGACAGCAGCAAACAGCCUUCAUUGUGCUGCAGGCUGUGCUGGCCAGGAAGGUGGACUCGGCCAGCCUGCACGAGCUGCUGACACGUGUCAAGGAGAUGAGCAUCACCUGUGGAAGGCAGUACCCACUGCAGCAGGCCAGAGUCACCUAUCACACCUAUCUCCUCACCUACCCCAUGAAACCCCGACGCAUCACCUCAAACAUCUUCUACUUUCUGGACAACAUCUCGUACCCGGUGGAGGAGGGUAGGCUCUCGGCAGCCACCAUGAUCAACGCAGUGGUGUCCAACUUCCCUGCCAAGCUGAUCACCCGCUCGGUGGAGACCAACCUGUGGUUCAAUGUGUCAGAGCAGCUGGUCAAGGAACAUUCCAAGGACAACUGUGCUCUGCUUCAUAAAAUCUUGAAGACUCUGUUUGAAAGAUCCAUCCGGAAAGAGAUGCUUGUUGAUCUCUGUCUGAAAUUACUGGCUGAGGCUGAAGACAGCACACCAGACUAUACAGCCUACUUGGUGGCUUCCAAGUCUCUCUCUGCCUUCAUGGAUGUCCCCAUCAAACUACUCCCCAAAAGCCUCCUGUCAGGGGUCCUGCCACGAGUAGUGUCCCUUGUACACCCUUCCAAGUAUACUGCCAGCACCACCUCCAUGGAAGUCUCGCCACACAUUCAGCAGAUGGACACCACUCUAGUCAGCCUUUUGGAGGUGCUCAGCAAACUCACUGGAGCCUUCCAGUCCCACUCAGAAUGGAGUGAGCAUGCCAAGGAUGAGCUAUGGGAGAAUGUGCAGUGCCAUCUAUCCUACCCACACCUGCAUGUGAGGGUGAGAGCAGCUGGGCUGGUGGGGCAGCUGCUGGUGGCACAUCCUGUGGAGGGAGACACCUCUCCACCACUGGCUGCCACUCCUGAGCAAGUAAGGAAUCUGGCCAUGGCACUGUGUGAGCUGCUCAGAACACAAGCUGGCCCAGAAACACACCUACUGACUCAGUUGUCUCUGGCAGCUGUGAGGAAUCUCAUUUACUUGGUCCGGCACUCAGUGAAGGUUCCAUUGGAGAGGGAGACACUCAAAGCUGCAAGUUUUGCUGGGGAGGAUGUUGAGAAAGAUCAGGAUGCUAGUGGUGAAACUAAAAGGAAAAAUGUGGAUCCUAUAGAAGAGAAGGGGCAGUACUGUGAUAGCAAGAAAAGCAGAAUUAAAAAUGUAAAGAAAAGCAAAAGGCUUAUUCAGACUACAAACAAAAGGAGGACCAGUUGUGAGGGAAUGGGAGCAAUUAAAAAGGAGUCUAGAAAUAGCUUCUCUGCGGAAACAGACACACAAAUCGUGCAGAAGAACCAUAUGAAGAGCAACCACACAGGAACCCGUGAGGAGAAUGAGAAGAGUGCAGACAAGGAUGAAGAGGCUGGUAACAACACCAGGGCACUUAUUACAGGUGCCUUGUGGGUCUUGCACCGUGUGGGGAACAUGGCAUACGAGGAGCUGCAGACGGCUGCAUCUGGACGCACUGUGACUCGCGAGGCACUCCUCAACCUGAUGGCUGGAUUGCUGGUGGUAGCCGGGCCAGAUGCCAAGGUGCCGAGGCUCUUUAUGUACAUCAUCAAGCACCUGGCCAGGGAGCUGACGGACGAACACCUGCCAGAGGUGCUGAAGGAGAGGACACGUGAGGUGGCCAACCUGGUGAAGGAGACAAUUGGUGUGGAGACCUACACUCGCCACUUGGCUGCUGCCCAGACUUCCUUGGCCAGGAAGAGGCUGGACCGCCGUGCUCAAGAGCUUCAGCAGAAGGUGGUUGACCCACAGCUUGCCCAGCGGAGGAAGAGGAAGAAACAGGAAGCACUGAAGGAGUCAAGGAAGAGGAAGAUUGCUGAAAGGAAGGGCAAGAGUGUAAAAGGAGGUAAAGGUGCCAAGGGUAGUAAGGGUGGCAAGCGUGCCAAGACAUCCAAGGACAACACCAGAAGAAAGAAGCCAAAAAUGAUGGAUGAGGUGGUGGUGAGGGAGUGAAUGAGACAGUUUUGCAAGUGAGGCUUUUCUGCUGUAGAAAUAUUCUUGUUAAAGUUAAUAUCUCAUUACUUUUGCAAAAUUGUUUUUUAUAUGUACAGUAUAGCUAAUAAUAGCAUGUCAUUUUCUGUGUAGUGAGCACCCUGAAAUAUAUUACUUUGUACGAGUUCUAAAAUAUAAUUGAUCUUAAAUAAAUAGGAAUGAAUUCAAA